AUGAAUUCUAAAAAAAUCUCAGACCAAGAACUUCAUACCUUCUUUUCCCACAUUGAUCUUGACAAUUCCGGAACAAUUAAUGCAAUCGAAUUACAACGUGUAUUAUUGAAUGGUGACUGGACACCUUUCAAUACAGACACUAUUCAAUUAUUACUUAAUUUAUUUGACACAAACCGUAAUGGAACUAUUCAUUUUGAAGAAUUUUUGGGAUUAUGGAGAUAUAUUGAAGAUUGGAAGAGAAUCUUUGCAGCUUUUGAUAAAGAUAAUAGUGGUAAUAUUGAUAUAAAUGAAUUAUCAUUAGCCAUGAAUAAUUUUGGGUUAAAUAUUAGUGAAGAGAUGUUAUCCAGAUUUAUUAAAAGAUAUAAAAUUAAAAAUUCUACUUUAAAUAAUGAACAUCAAAAAAAAGUUAUAGUAAAUCAAAAAGUUGUUGCAAUUAAUCAAGGAAACCUUGCAGUUAACUUUGAUAGUUUUGUUCAAUUAUGUGUUACCGUAAAAAGUUUAACUGAAGCAUUCCGUGUUAUAGACGGAAAUAAUGACGGUUGGGCAAAGUUGAAUUAUGAGCAAUUCAUGGAACUUAUUGUAAAAUAUCAAUAA